AUGGCUACCAGCCCAGCAGCCCCGCAGCAUGAAGCUGGCGGAUCCCCUCGAUUAGCCUUUGCCACGGGCACGCGCAUGGUGGUAACCGACACUUUUCAAAGCACAAAUGUCGACAAGUGCUCUUAUACCAAGGGCGACCUGUACGAGCUCGUGGAAGAUGGUGAACUGCAUGAACAAUACUGGCGCGCCCGCCCCUGUGUGCACCCACGUCCCGCCGAAAGCUCGCCAGGCAUCCCGGCAGCAGGAAAGAUCAACACUGACCACAUCGAGGUCCUCUUGGAUGCAGAAGACGUUGCUGCAUUUACUCCGCGCAUUCAGGCCUUUGCCAAUCGUUUUUUGCAGGUCACCAAGCUGUCGGAUGAGCAUGAUGGGGCUAGCCCAUCAGCGACUCUGCCGCCUGCAUCAACAUCGACACCUGCAUGUAACGGGGAGCUUGAGUGGCGGACGCUGGCCUGCCUGGUAAAGCAACCCUUUGCCCUGACCAUCCUGGCAACGAUGCAGGAUACCUUGCUGCCCCUGAUCGCUACGACCCUCAACUGGGACAAGGCCAUCCCGGAAACUGUCUUGGCGAUCCUGUGCCUGGCACGCCUGGUACGAGACAACAAUGCCGCAGCCAAGCGCCUUCUCGAGUGCUAUCCCACCGUGACCCAAGAAUGUCAGCGCUUGGCUCUUUGGCAUGACGUGGGUCCAUCCUCCGAGCUAGAUGAGGGGUACGAUAAGAUCACGCGCAAGCUAGCCACCAACUGUGCCAAGCUGCUCGACGCCCUGCUGACCACGGACAGUCACAGCGUGAUACCUGUCCAGAAUUUGCUAGACGUGGUCACACGUGUCUUGGGCCACAAGGACAACAAUAUUCACCGUCUGGGCGGCGAUGCUCUCAGCUAUCAUCUACCUGCCUACCUUGGCAUUCUCACGACCCUGGCCCAGCGUCCCGGCGACCUAGCUCACCUUCGCCAAGACUCGCGGGUGCUAGCGACCGUCAGCGCUAUCCAGCCGAGCACCGACGGUGCCAUUGCAGCUGAUUUGGCCACGGGCCUGCGCCUCCUACUUGCUGCCGGUUCAGCGGGGGUGCGUGCUGCCGGUGCCAACGACAGUGGUGGUGCUACCCCCGCUUCCUCUCAACCUACACACAUCAUGAUUUCCUACAAUUGGCGGCAUCAGCCCCUCGCCCUCAAGCUGGCUCAGACGCUGCAAGCUCACCGUUUUCGCGUCUGGAUCGAUGUGCACAAAAUGGAGGGUAAUAUCAUGUCAGAAAUGGCGUCGGCCGUCGAGAAUGCCGCUGUGGUGCUCAUGUUGUACAGCAAAGCCUAUGCCCAAAGCCGUCAUUGCAUGUUGGAGGCUCAGUAUGUCUUCCAACAGCAAAAAUCAUAUAUCCCUGUGUUUGUUGAGCCGGGGUGUGAGCGCAUCACCGGGGUUCUUGGAAUCAUGCGAGGGACACUGCUCUAUGAGGAUUUGUCCAGCCCGGAACUUGUGGACCAAGGUUUGCAGUCCAUUAUCCGACGCCUUGGUCAGCAAGGGCGUGCCAUCACAGCCACCUCGGAGCAAUCGGACACUCUGGUGACUAUUUCGGCAGUUGAUGAACCGGGGCCCGUCUCCGUGGGGCCGGGUGAAUCAAGCCCGCUUGGCGGUGAUACGACAUCGGGUGCGAGCACGGGUCAGACCGCGGCCGUGGCGCCGUCGACCUUUCUUGCCCGCCUUGCACGAUUGGAGGAGGAGGUGCGAGCACAGGCAGCGCGGUUGGACCAUUUGGAGACCCGUCAAGCUCAGUGGUGUCGCCUACUCUGAUCUUGCGCUGAUCGCAGCGACUACUUCUUCCAAGUCUUGGCUCGUUUCAGACAGAGUGCGUGUGUUCAUAAUAAAAAUUUAAUUUGAAAUUCCAUGAAUUUAUCGCGAAUUUU